AACCCUCCAUGCAAUUCGUGAAAUAAAUUUACAGUACCUUGUCGGCAAAAAAAUCAACAAAAGCAUUUUUUCACACUAUAAACUUCAAAAUGCCGGACCAUCUUGGCUCAGAUCAGAGGAAAGUUAAAGAAGAACAGAAGGAAGACAAGCCAAUUCAAGCUCUCGAUGAAGGAGAUAUUGCCAUGUUAAAAACUUAUGGUGCUGGACAGUACAGUCGUUUAAUCAAACAAGUUGAGGAAGACAUUGUAGAAGGUCUCAAGAAAGUCAAUGAACUUGCAGGUAUCAAGGAGUCGGACACAGGGCUUGGACCUCCUGCCUUGUGGGAUCUGGCCGCUGACAAACAGACUCUCCAGAGUGAGCAGCCGUUACAAGUUGCCCGAUGCACAAAGAUAAUUAACGCCGACUCAGACGAUCCCAAAUACAUCAUCAAUGUGAAGCAGUUUGCAAAGUUUGUGGUUGACCUUGGGGACCAGGUGGCGCCCACAGAUAUAGAGGAGGGCAUGAGGGUCGGGGUGGACCGGAACAAAUACCAGAUCCACAUUCCCCUACCUCCCAAGAUUGACCCCUCAGUCACCAUGAUGCAGGUUGAAGAGAAGCCAGAUGUAACAUACAGUGAUGUGGGAGGCUGUAAGGAACAGAUAGAAAAACUCAGAGAAGUCGUGGAAACACCCCUGCUUCACCCAGAGAAGUUUGUCAACCUUGGCAUUGAGCCACCGAAGGGCGUGUUGUUGUUCGGACCUCCUGGCACGGGGAAAACGCUGUGUGCACGUGCGGUAGCCAACAGGACAGAUGCCUGCUUUAUACGAGUUAUCGGUUCAGAGCUUGUGCAGAAAUAUGUGGGAGAGGGAGCACGUAUGGUGAGAGAGCUGUUUGAAAUGGCAAGAAAUAAGAAAGCCUGCAUUAUCUUCUUUGAUGAGAUUGACGCUGUCGGAGGUGCACGUUUUGACGAUGGAGCUGGUGGAGAUAACGAAGUACAGAGGACCAUGUUAGAGUUGAUCAAUCAGCUAGACGGUUUUGAUCCCCGUGGUAACAUUAAGGUUCUCAUGGCAACCAACCGUCCCGACACACUCGACCCCGCACUCAUGAGGCCUGGGCGACUGGACAGGAAGAUCGAGUUUGGGCUUCCUGAUCUUGAGGGCUGUGCUCACAUAUUCCGCAUCCAUGCACGAUCGAUGAGUGUAGAGAAAGACAUCCGAUAUGAACUCCUCGCCAGACUGUGUCCCAACACCACAGGUGCUGAGAUUCGCAGUGUAUGUACAGAGGCCGGCAUGUUCGCUAUACGUGCACGCAGAAAGAUGGCGACCGAGAAAGAUUUCCUUGAGGCCGUCAACAAAGUGAUCAAGGCUUACGCCAAGUUUAGCUCCACUCCACGAUACAUGACAUACAACUAGUGGAUAUAUAACGUUGAAUUUCAUAUUUUUGUGUCGUUUCAUAACAUGGAUUCCAUGAGUUAUUCAUUUACUUUUGUUGGUGCAACAUAUAUGGAUUUAUGAAUUAUUAUGUGUUACUUUAUUGUCGAAGAAGCGCUUGUCAUGAAAUAAUGAUAAAUUUAAUAUAAAACUUAAAAUGUGAAAUGUGCAAAAUGAA